GUCAGGCGCCACAUGAUCAGCGUGCCUCCUCCGAAGCCGACCUUAAUCAAUGUCUUACAUCACCAAUCCUACAACCAACACCAACUUCUCUUCUUCAACAACCCACGGUACCCCGUACAAAUUCCAUCCUAUACGCUCACUUCUACGGUAUCGCCUUCAACCUUCAAAAUGUCGGCAAAUACAAAGUACUCCCCAGCUCCUCAGCGAGACUCGAUGGACCAUACUGGAAGCUAUUCGCAAGCCCCACCAGCAUACAUCGACGAACCGACUUCUUCUACUGAUCAGGCAGCUCUUCUUGGGGGACCAAGAAGCAGCGAGGAUAAUGUUCCGGAUGACUUCAAAGUACGUGGUUAUUGAAUUAUCGGCCGGCGCAUAACUGACGGCAUAAUAGUACGGUGGCGUUGUCUCUGAGGCUACCAUCGAUAUCCGUAUGGCCUUUGUAAGAAAGGUGUACUCUAUUCUGUAAGGGCAAGCUGUCCGAUCCGGCUGCAUACUUUGCUAAUACUUACAGUACUGCCCAACUUGUUGCGACUGCGGCCUUGAGCAGUCUUUCCUUCUGGAGUUCGUCAUACAAGGAUUGGAUCCAGGGCCAUUCUUGGAUGAUGUUCGUUUCGGUGUGUAACCUGUGUAUCAUUAUUUGUCAUUUGUGCUAACAAAUGCUCAGCUCUUCGGUGCCAUUGGCUUUAUGUUGUUGACCUACUGGAAACGAAAAUCAUAUCCUACGAAUCUGCUCUUCCUCUCGGGGUUUACCGCUCUUGAGGCAUAUUCCGUGUCCGUCAUUGUUUCGUUCUACGAUUCGAAAAUUGUCCUAGAAGCAGUACUUCUGACAGCUGGACUUUUUGUCGCCCUCACGCUUUUCGCAUGCCAGACCAAAUACGACUUCACGUCAUGGAUGCCAUAUUUGUUUGGUAGUUUAUGGGCAUUGAUACUCUUCGGCUUUAUGGCUGCCUUUUUCCCUCACAACAGCAUGAUUGAGUUGGCGUACUCUGGAAUCGCAGCUCUAAUAUUUUCGGCAUACAUUUUGGUUGAUACGCAGCUUAUUAUGAGACAUUAUCACGUUGAGGAGGAGAUUGCGGCUGCUAUCAGUCUUUACCUUGACAUUAUCAACUUGUUCCUUGCCAUUCUCCGAAUUCUCAACCAGCAGAACAACUAA